UACAUGUACUGUCAAUAUUUUUGACGAUUCAGUUGAUAUUAUUUUUGUUUAUAAUGUUUAAAAAUACGUAUCAGAGCGGAUUGUUAUCAAUAUUUUAUAGUUGUGGAUCUAAUCCUCUAGCGAUAUGGGACAGCGAAGUCCAGAACGGCCACAUCAAGCGGCUCACCGACAACGAAGUAAAUUCCAUUGUGCUCGAAAUCGUAAGCACCAACGUUGCGACUACUUACAUCACUUGCCCCAGAAAUAACCAAGUUUUGGGUAUAAAAUUACCUUUUCUCGUCAUAAUAGUGAAAAAUCUAAAACGGUAUUUCUCUUUCGAAAUAACUGUUCUCGAUGACAGCAAUAUGCGGCGAAGGUUCAGAAUAUCAAAUUUUCAAUCGACUACAAAAAUCAAACCGUUUUGCACGAGCAUGCCUAUCGGACUUUCAGGGGGAUGGAACCAGAUACAGUUUAAUUUGGCAGACUUUACGAAGAGAGCGUAUGGCACGCAGUUCAUUGAAACGCUCCGUGUUCAAGUGCAUGCCAAUGCUCGAUUGCGCAGGAUUUAUUUCAGCGACCGUUUGUACACAGAAGAAGAGUUGCCUCAGGAUUACAAACUCUAUUUGCCGCUCGAGAGGAAACAGAAGAAGGAUAAAAAGGAAGCGAAGGAAGCUGAGGCAAAGGCUCCUGCGGCGGCGCCUGCUCCUGCCGCUGCUCCAGCCGAAGUUGCGCCAGUCGUCCAAGCGCCUCCACCACCAGAACCUGAACCUGCUAAAUCGGAAGCUCCUCCUACACCGGCCGAAACAGAGCCUGAAGCUGCAUCAGAGCCACCGCCUGAGGCGCCGGCUGCGGAGUCAGAAGCUGGUGAGCAACCUGCCGAGGAGCCAGCAGAGAUCGCAGGGGAGAGCGCGGUGGAGUCCACUGCGGGCACGCCUUCGGAGCCCGCUUCAGAGCCUGCAGAGGUGACGGAAGGCGAGGAAUCUGCUGCUGAGACCCCUGCGCCAGAGGAUUAAAAGCUUCACAUUGUUUUCUUAUCCGUUUAAAAGUUCAUAAAAAUCUAAAGAAAUGAUA